UGCAGGAUGAGAUGUAAUUUUGGUGUUCUGGAUUUUCUGGUAAACAGGAUUACAGAAAGCUGAGUUGAGAGAAGUGAUCUAAACCAAGUAAUUCUAAAGAAAGUAUGUUCUCACUCCUGCAUGGAGGAAAGUUUUCAUGUCAUGUCUGACACUGUUUGUUUUUAGAGCGGCGGAGGGUAAGAGAUAGUGGACAUUGGACAGUGUAUCCAUUAAGAGUAGCAAUGCACAAAUUACAUUUCAGCGAGGGUGAGAGUUCUACCGAGCUCAGAUUGGAUAGGAGAUUUGAUUCAUCUGAACCCAGCUGUGUCUCUGUGAAAAGUGACCACUCAAUGGACCAAAUAAUACACUUCAGAGAGGACAGUACUGCUGAGCUCAGACUGGCUCAGGACAAUAAAUCUGACUGUCCUGAACCCAGCUAUGUCUCUGUGAAGAGUGACGACUCAAUGGAUCAAAUAAUACACUUCAGAGAGGAGAGUUCUGCUGAGCUCAGAAUGGAUCAGAGUAAGAGAUCUGACUGUCCUGAACUGUCCUGUGUCUCCAUGAAGAGUGACCACUCAAUGGACCAAAUAAUACACUUCAGAGAGGACAGUUCUGCUGAGCUCAGAGUCCAAAAGAAGACUUCAGACAUGACCAAGAGAAAUCUGGAGUCUUUAUUUAAGGAGCUGGAGCACAAAAUCAUCUCUCUAGUAAAGAAUCAUCUUAAGAGAUUUGAGAAGCUACUGAGUCUGGAUUACCCAGCAUGCUCUGAGGGAGAGAUGGAGGAUGAGGAGGAUCAGAGUGUCAAAGAGGGGGCUCUGAUGAUCACACUGCACAUCCUGAGGAACAUGAACCAGACAGACCUUGCUGACAAACUAAAGACUAAACUGACUCCUUCUUGUCAUCAAAAGUUCAAAUCCACACUGAUGCAAAAAUUUCAGAAAAUGAAUGAGGGAAUCUCAAGUCCUGGAACCUCAGUACUUUUGAAGGACAUCUACACAGAACUGUACAUCACAGAGGGUGGGAACGGAGAGGUCAAUAAUGAACAUGAGGUCAGACAGAUUGAAACAGCAUCCAGGAGACCAGCAACACAGGAGACGCCCAUCAAAUGCAACGACAUCUUUAAAGACAAACCCAUCAGAACUGUGCUGACUAAAGGAGUCGCUGGAAUUGGAAAAACAGUCUCUGUGCAGAAGUUCAUUCUGGACUGGGCUGAAGGAAAAACCAAUCAGGAUGUUGUCUUCAUAUUUCCACUUCCUUUUAGAGAGCUCAACUUGCUGAAAAAAGAAAAACACAGUCUGGUAGAACUUCUAAAUCGUUUUUUUACACAUAUAAAUGGUUUAAGACCAAGGGACUAUUAUCAUUGCAAACUUCUAUUUAUCUUUGAUGGUCUGGAUGAAUGUCAACUUCCUCUAGAUUUCCAGAACAAUGAGAGUGUAUUUGAUGUAACGCAGACAACCUCAGUGGAUGUGCUGCUGACAAACCUCAUUAAGGGGAAUCUGCUUCCUUCUGCUCUCCUAUGGAUCACUACUCGACCAGCAGCAGCCAAUCAGAUCCCUCCUGACUGUAUUAACCAGAUAACAGAGGUACGAGGGUUCAGUGACCCUCAGAAAGAGGAGUACUUCAGGAAAAGGAUCAGUGAUCAGAGGCUUGCUGAAAGAAUCAUUACACACAUGAAGUCCUCAAGAAGCCUUUACAUCAUGUGCCACAUCCCAGUCUUCUGCUGGAUUGCAGCGACUGUUCUAGAGAAGAUGUUUGGUGAAGCAGAGAGUGGAGAGACCCCUAAGACUCUGACUCAGAUGUUCACACACUUUCUGAUCUUCCAGAUCAAACACAGCAGCCAAAAGUACCAAAGAAAAAGUGACAUUGAUCAUGAGUGGACCAGAAAGAUGAUUCCAGCACUGGGAAAAAUGGCUUUCCAACAGCUGGAAAAAGGAAACCUGAUCUUCUAUGAGGAAGACCUGAGAGAGUGUGGCAUUGAUGUCAGAGAAGUGUCAGUGUACUCAGGAGUGUGUACUCAGAUCUUCAGAGAGCAGUUUGGGUUGCACUUGGGAAAGGUUUUCAGCUUUGUGCAUUUGAGUGUUCAGGAAUUUCUGGCUGCUUUAUAUGCAUUUCUUUACUUCAUUUCCAACAACGCAAAUGUGCUACCACAAGCCACUGGAUGUUUUGUUUUCAUCAAAAAGUCAUCAACGAUGUUUUCCUUUCUCAAGAAUGCAGUGGACAAAGCCUUAAAGAGUAAAAAUGGGCACCUGGAUCUUUUCCUCCGCUUCCUUGUGGGCCUCUCACUGGAGUCCAAUCAGACUCUCUUACAAGGCCUACUGACACAAACAGGUAAUAUCCCUUACAGCAAAGAGGAAAUAAUCAAUUACAUCAAGGAGAAGAUCAGGGGGAAUGCCACUCCGGAGAAAACAAUCAGUCUGUUCCAUUGUCUGACUGAACUGAAUGAUCAGUCUCUGGUACAAGAAGUCCAAACAUUCCUGGACAAAGGAGGUUUUCGUGGUCUCAGUGGAGCUGAGCUCUCCUCUUCCCAGUGGUCAGCUGUGGCAUUUGUGAUGCUGAGUUCAGAAGAGGAGCUGGAUGAGUUUGACCUGAGGAAAUAUGGUAGAUCAGCAGAAUGUCUUCUGAGACUGCUGCCAGUGGUUAAAGCAUCCAGAAAAGUUGUGCUGUAUAAUUGUCAGCUCACAGAGAAAAGCUGUGCAUUUCUGUCAUCAGCUCUCAGCUCAAACUCCUCAAGUGUGAGAGAACUGGACUUCAGUAACAAUAAACUGCAGGAUUCAGGAGUGAAGCUUCUCUCUGCUGGACUGGCGAAUCCAAACUGUAAACUGGAGAGACUAGAGCUGUCUGACUGCAGUAUUACAGAGGAAGGCUGUGCUGCUCUGGUUUCAGCUCUGAAAACAAACCCCUCACACCUGAGAGAGUUGAAUCUGAACUCCAAUAAACCAGGAGAGUCAGGAGUAAAGCUACUUUCCUCUAUACUGAAUGAUCCACACUGUAAACUGGAGAAACUACAAUCCGAAUUCACUUGUUCCAGCAUUUUGAUCUUUUGUUCCAUCAGUUCAACUUUGCCCCUCAACUUUUGAAGCUCCAAAGCAGCUGUGGGAAACAUCCCUACCAUGAAAAAGGGGGCUUGCCAUCUGCAGCUUUCUCUUUUUAGGAAGUGAGGUGGAUGCCUUGUCUGGGCUGGAGUCCAAAGCCAAUGUCCUCUCAUCUGUUUUAUAGAAAAAUAAAAAGAAGAGACAAGCAUUAAGAGAAAAAUUAAAUGAAAAAGAAAAACAAGAUAAAAGGAGAGAAUUUAUGCUUUCAAAUAUUAUCUAUGCUUGCAUGUGAAAUGUACAAACAAUAUACAUAAAGAUAGAUAGAAAGAAAAUUAUAAACAGCUACUAUCUACCAAGCUUGACAACCUAGACCUAGUUAAAUGAAAUGUAGGAUAUGUUUACUGUAGUUUGGAGUUUUUUCAUUCACAUACAGGCAAUUUGUGGCUGAAAGAAACCUGUAUUAAUGAGAUCAGUUCCCUUCCUUUCAACAAACGCACAUUAAAUCUACUUCUUGGGUGCUAACAGCUCCAUCUUACAGAGAAUUUUUACCCUGAUUUUGGUUUUGACCUGGCUUUGUCCUUUUACCUGACUGUAAUAUGGAUGUCUUAAAUGAUAAAUGUAUAUGCAAUAAAUAAUACAAAUAAAUACAGAUAACAAGUGUAUAAUAGUAAGAGACAUAUUAUGCUUUUAAAAAAAAAAAGACCUAUUAUGCUUUUUGUGCUUGUAAAUGGUCUCCAAAGUCACGAAUUCUGUCAAAUCGAAGUUUAGAGGGAGAAAAUCUCUCCCACAGAAACCAAUUUUCUCGGCUGCUCAAAAUACCUUGUUGGUACUCCAGCCUUUUCUCUGUUACAAAGUGAUGCCAUCCCGUAACACAAUUCUUACUGCCUGCCUACCGGCAAGCUUAGCAUGCUAAUACAACAUGGUAAAAUGAUUUAGUAACAGUGACGCAUGUAAAUCUAUUCUAGUAGACCUCAAAAAUAAAAUCAUGAACACGGAAAAUGAGCAUAAAAGGCCCCCUUUCACAGAACAAUAAUCUGUGGUUUAUAUCUUAUUUUCAGUUUAAUAAAUUCAAACUUGU